UUCCGCUAUCAUUUACGACAUGAUAGAUUGUGUCUUGUUCUUAAGUGGUGACAGCACCAAAGAUAAACCAACAACUGCAUGUUGUUCUGGCUUUAAAAUUAUGUUAGAAACAAAUGUGAAAUGCUUUUGCGAAGCUCUUAAAAGCAGUGCCGAAUUGUGUGCCGACGUUAAUCUUACCAAAGCUGUUAUGUUGCCUUCAGCUUGUGAAGUUUCGGCAUCUCCGAUGAACAACUGUAACUUAUUUUCUUCUCCACCUAGUGUAGCUCUUGUAGCAAACCCUUCCCCUAGUGAAUCGCCAGUAGCUAAUUCAGUUGAGCGAUCGAUUGCUCCAGUAUCAUCAAGAACACCAACACCAUCAGCUCUUGCAACUCCCACCGAAGAAGUUACACCAACACCAUCAUCCCCCGACAAGAAAAUUACACCAACACCCUCAACUCCUUCCGAGGAAGCUAUUAAACAUGCUCCUUCACCAAACCCAUCCGGAAGUUAGUAUCAUCUGAUUUCUUUGCUUUCUUUAGCGUGUCAGUGAUUUCAUUUUAUUAUAUUUUAAUAUAAUUUUAUUUUUUUUCUUUUAAUCAAUCCUGGUAGUAGUAGUAUGUUAUUAAUAGACU